GCAGCGCUGCGGUCAGACAGACAAGCAGACAGACAGACAGACAGACACCACGGACACAUCAGACGGUGCAGCUCAGCUCUGUGGUCCCUGUUCCUUCCAUCAGAUUAAUAGACGGUAGAUUAACGGGUCGCCGGUAUGAACACGGAGGAGACCAACGUGGAUCUGAGGGAUGCUGAGACAAAGGAUGCUGAACCGAAGGAGGCGGCGGAUCCCGCUCCGGUCCCCUCGGAUGCUGAUGCGACGGAGGCCGAUGUGAGUGAGGCGGAUCUGGACCAGGAGGAGCAGGAGAGGAUACCGAUGACCGGAGGAGGAGGAGACCGGACCGAGGAGCCUCCGUCUGCCGGCGGAGAGGAGGCGGCGGCGGAGAAGAACGGCUCCGUGAAGCUGAAGAUCCCCGAUGAAGAGGAGGAGGAGGUGACAUUCACCGGGCUGAGCAAGGAGGAGCUGCUCAGGGUGGCCGGGACACCUGGCUGGGUGAGGACCCGCUGGGCGCUGCUGGUGGUGUUCUGGCUGGGCUGGUUGGGGAUGUUGGCUGGAGCCGUCCUCAUCAUCCUUCGGGCUCCUCGCUGCAGAGACCUGCCUGAAACCAACUGGUGGAACAACGGCCCGCUGUACCAGAUUGGGAGCAUCCAGGCCUUCACCGACACCCACGACCUGAAGGGUCUGGAGCAGAAGAUCAACAAUCUGGCUCAGCUGAAGAUUAAAGGUCUGGUGGUCGGUCCGAUCCACGUCGCUCCAGCAGACGACGCCAUGAAUCUGAGAUUCGAGGAGAUUUCCUCUGAGGCCGGAAACCUGGAGCAGUUUAAAGGCCUCGUCCAGGCCGCUCAUAAGAAGGGUAUUUCUGUGGUUUUGGAUCUGACUCCAAACUACCAGGGAUCAUCUGGACCCUGGUUCUCCAACAUCAGUGUGACCAACGUGGCUGAGAGACUGAAGUCCGCUCUGGUGUUCUGGAUGAAUGAAGGCGUAGACGGCGUGCAGCUGUCGGGGGUGGAGCGUGUGGCCAGCGUGGUGCCGUCUCUGUGGACCGACAUUCGAGCCAUCGUCCAGAACGUGACGGAGGAGCACCCCAACAGGAAGGUCUUGAUCGGCGUCACAGAACGUUCCUCAGCUGAAGACGUGUCCACCCUCCUCUCCUCCACCGGUGUCGACCUGCUGAUCUCCAGGGUCCUCCGCUCCGGCAGCCCGGACGCUGCGGAGCAUGCUCAGUCCAUCCAGCUCCUGUAUUCAUCCCACAACCAGAGCAAGCUGGCCUGGAGCCUGGGGGGGCGGGCUGAGGGGCACCUGGCCUCGCUGGUGGGACCGGCUCUGGUCAAACUGCACCAGCUGCUGCUGCUCACACUGCCCGGGGUGCCUUUCAUCAACUACGGGGAUGAGAUCGGCCUGAUGGACAAGGGCACCAAGUUUCCCAUGAUGCUUUGGGACUCUGACGAGCAGCUGAACAGGACACUGCAGGAGGAGCGGGCCGAGCGUCUGUCGUUUCACAGUUUUUUCCGCAGUGUGAGCGAUCUUCGUGUUAAAGAGCGCUCCCUGCUGUUCGGAGACUUCUUCCUCCUCUCCAACUCCUCCUCUUCCCUGGCGUACCUGCGGGAGUGGGAUCAGAGCGAGCGUUACCUGGCGGCCUUCAACUGGGCGGACGAGGCGGCGACGCUGCAGCUGAGCGGCGCACGGCUGCCUCAGCGAGCCACAGUCGCCUUCGGCACCAAUAGCAGCGCCCUGCCUGCAGACAGCAGCGUGGACCUGAUGGAGCUGCGGCUCGGCCCCGGGCAGGCCGCGCUCCUCAAGUUUCCCUACACUGGAUAGACCUCAGGUUAUUGUGAUGUUAUCACCAGACGAUUAAAGCUCCAUUCAGACUGGAGCUGCUCUCUGGCUUCAGGCCUAAAGAAACAGAACCACAGUCUGAGCGGAGCUUCAGUCAAAUCAUCUGGUUAACAUGUUAAAUAAAUGUUUAUUCUCUCACGACAGCAGGUGCGUCAUGUUUACUGUAAGUGAUGAAUAUUAAUCUGACCAUGUGAUGGUGAUGAUGAUGAUGCAGCUGUCCUCUAUCGUGUGCAUUCUGUGAAAACAAAAUAAAAAAUGAAGGAAA